CUUGGCCCCAAUGAGACACGGCCGUGAAUUCUUUCUCUCCAUCCAAACACUGUCACAAUGUCCACACGGUUCGCCCAGUAUCUGCAUCCAGAGAAGGAGCAAGAGCUGGCCGACAUCGCCAGGCGGUUGACAGCCCCGGGGAAGGGCAUCUUGGCAGCAGACGAGUCGGUGAGCACGUGCGGGAAACGCCUGCAGGAGAUAAAUGUCGAAAACACAGGUGAUAUAUUGUUGGUGUAUUUCAACACAACUAUGAAAAACAAAAUGUUUAUAUUCUUUUUGUGUAUAAAUAUUUAUUUUUCAAUUGUGGGAGUAAACUGCUAUUCGGAAUUCUUUUCCCCGGGGGUGAGGGUGUGUGGUAGGGGGUUGGUGUAUUGGACUCAAUACUUAAUAGGGGUGGGGGUAUUGGGGGGGGGUAAUAGGUGAUGGGUGUGUUGGAUACUUUAAUUUGAUUUCAUUUUCACCUGACAAUGUGCGGGCUACUUUGGGAUACUAGUGAUUUAUGCUUGUCCCACUGUGUGUGCCGCCAUGUUUACGGGGUUGGCACUCGGGGGUGCCGCCGUGUUUACGGGGUUAGCACUUGGGGGUGCCGCCAUGUUUUCGGGGUUGGCACUCGGGGGUGCCACCAUGUUUACGGGGUUGGCACUCGGGGGUGCCACCAUGUUUACGGGGUUGACACUCGGUGUGCCACCAUGUUUACGGGGUUGGCACUCGGGGUGCCACCAUGUUUACGAGGUUGGCACUCGGGGUGCCACCAUGUUUACGGGGUUGACACUCGGUUUGCCACCAUGUUUACGGGGUUGGCACUCUUUUUUGCUGCCAUGUUUACACGGUUGGCACUCUUUUUUGCUGCCAUGUUUUAACGGUUGGCACUCCGUUUGCUGCCAUGUUUACACGGUUGGCACUCGGUUUGCUGCCAUGUUUAGAGGAUUUUCAACUUUGCUGCCAUUAUCAGGGAAUUUGUACAAACUUUUCAACUAACUAAAUGGGAGAUAUAAAAAACAACAGCAACAUUUCCCUCAGAAGAAGUUUCCAAUAAUUUAACGUGAGAUUUUGGUUGCCUCCAUUCAGAGGAGAACAGGAGAAAGUACCGGGAGUUGCUGUUCACAGCAGACGACACCUUGGGGGAGAGCAUUUCCGGGGUGAUCCUGUUUGAUGAGACGGCGCGUCAGUGCGACUCGAACGGGACGCCAUUCAUUAAGAUACUGGAGAACAAGGGCAUCAUCCCAGGCAUCAAGGUGGAGAGUUGUCUUUGUGUCGGUGACGUGAUAGCUGUAGCGAUGCCAUUGUUAUAGUAGUGUCAUUGUUAUAGCGAGGCCAUUGUUAUAAUGUCAUUUUUAUUGUAAUGUCAUUGUUAUAAGGGUGUCAUUGUUAUAGUGACGUCAUUGUUAUAGUCUUUAACUGCCUUAUUGUUGUUACCCUAAAAGUUGUUUUGAAAACGGUUAUGGUAUUGUUUUUUUGUGGUGUUAAAAAACAUCCCACGCUGUUUUUGUCAAUCUGUUUUCAGUGUUCAAAUAAUGUUGUUAUUAGAGAAAUGUGUUUGAAUAAAAUCAAUGUAUGGUCGAUUAAACUUGACGGGAUCCUCAAAGAUAAGAGGGAAUAACUCUGUACUAUGUAUUGAUACGAACCAAAAUUUCGGACAUUUCAGUCUAUCAAUAUAAGCUACCGCCGUGAGCCGAUUCGAGCGGCAUUGCCAGGGACCUCCUCAUCUUAAACAGGGUUUAUGGUCACAUAAGGCUGACUUUGAGAACCGUCAAUCAAGAUUUGUAAGCCUUGUGGCCACGAACAUUUCUUUAUGUCUCAGGUAGACAAGGGUGUAGUCCCCCUGGCCGGCACCAACAACGAGUGCACGACAACAGGCCUGGACGGUCUGAAGGAGCGGUGUGACGAGUACAAGUCCAUGGGGAUACACUUUGCCAAGUGGAGAUGUGUCUUGAAGAUAACAAAGUUCACGCCCUCCUAUCAAGUAGGUCUCCGACACGUCUAAUCAAGUAGGUCUCCGACACUUCUAAUCAAGUAGGUCUCCGACACUUCUAAUCAAGUAGGUCUCCGACACUUCUAAUUAAGUAGGUUUCCGACACUUCUAAUCAAGUAGGUCUCUGACACCUCGCAUCAAGUAGGUCACUACGCCCUCCUGUCAAUACUUAUUGCCAUCAAGUAGGUCGCAAUGGCCUUCUAUCAAUUAGGUCCCUGCACCCUUCUGUUACGUGGGACACCUCACAUGGUGUUGGUGACCAUCCACUUCUAUCAAGUAGGGGGUUCACCAAUAGAAUACAUUCAAGGGAUGUAACAAAAACUAGCAUUUAGGAUUUUCCCCAUAGAAUAUCUACAGAGAUGAUAACUAAACAAUAUAUAAGGUUUACCCACAGAAUAUCUUGAGGUGAUGAUAAAAUAUACUAAUAUCUAAGUUUUACAUAUAGAAUAUCUAUAAGCGAUGAUAAAAGAUGCUAAUACUUAUAUAUUCUAAGGUUUACCCAUAGAAUAUCUAAGGUUUACCCAAAGAAUAUCUAAGGUUUGCCCAUAGAAUAUCUAAGGUUUACCCAUAUGAUAUCUAAGGUUUACCAAUAGAAUAUCUAAGGUUUACCCAUAUAAUAUUUAAGGUUUACCCAUAGAAUAUAUAAGGUGUACCCAAAGAAAAUCUAACGUUUACCCAUAGAAUAUCUAAGGUUUGCCCAUAGAAUAUCUAAGGUUUGCCCAUAGAAUAUCUAAGGUUUGCCCAUAGAAUAUCUAAGGUUUGCCCAUAGAAUAUCUAAGGUUUGCCCAUAGAAUAUCUAAGGUUUGCCCAUAGAAUAUCUAAGGUUUGCCCAUAGAAUAUCUAAGGUUUACCCAUAGAAUAUCUAAGGUUUACCCAUAGAAUAUCUAAGGUUUAUCCAUUCACUGUCUACAGGCUAUGAUUGAAAACGCUAAUGUUCUAGCCAGGUACGCAAGCAUAUGCCAGCAGGCAGGUCUCGUGCCAAUCGUUGAACCGGAAAUCUUACCAGAUGGCGACCAUGACCUUUUUACAGCCAGAAGAGUAAGAAAAUAUGCAAAUUUAUUUAAAUUUAAGUGUCGAAAUGCUACAAAUCUCCCAAAAUUUUAAAUGUUUGUUUAAAAGUUACAGUAGACCGUCGUAUUUUGUAGUAAGGGAGUCAGAAACCUUCAGAACAGAAAGUCUAGAGAUUCAAUCCCCAGAAAGUAUUCCCUUCUGGAAAUGUAAACACACCUUCCCCAAUCAAGGGUGGCGGCAGAAAGGAGUGACAGCACAUAUUGUCACGAAAUUAAUUGAUGACGUAAAAAACAAACCAAAAAAAAAAAUAAGGGGGAUGGGAGAUAAAGUUAGCAUGCCAUGGCUCGAACUAGGUCAACACACAGGCUACAACAAAUUAUUGGUUCUGUAUGAAAUAGUUUGAUGUUGGCCCAGAUCAUAAAGCUAAAGCACAUAGAAGAUAACUCUCCAAAAUCAUUAUGGAGGAAGCAACACAGAAAGAUAGAAUCUAAUCUCACUUAACCUGCCAUCAAUCGAUAGAUUUAACCUGUCACGACGUGAUAGAUUUAACAUAUUUGUGUGUAAUGGAUCUAGCGUGUCACGAUGAGAUAGAUUAUAAUGUCAGUAAGCGAUAUGUUUAACCAGUCUCUGUGAUACAUUUGACCUGUUUAUAAGAAAUAUAUUUAACCCAUUUGGUAUGUGAUAGUUAAAACCUGUCUCUAUGUGAUAGAUUAAACUGUAUGUAUGUAAUGGAUUUAAAAUGUCACUGUAUGAGACAUUCAGUCUGACACUAAGUCAGAGAUUCAGCCUGUCACUGUGUGAGAGAUUCACCCUGUCUCUCACAAAGUGACAGAUUCAGCCUGUCACUUGGUGAGAGAUUCAGCCUGUCACUGUGUGAGAGAUUCAGACUGUCACGUUGUGAUAGAUGAAAGAGGUCAAAUCCUACAGGUGACAGAAGAGGUUUUAGCCUUUCAGUACAAGGCACUGGCUGACCAUCACCUGUUCCUGGAAGGGACACUUCUUAAACCAAACAUGGUCACUCCUGGUCAGUCGUUCACAGGUAGAUGCAGGUAAGUGGCCAGUUUGAAAGGAUUUUAAGGGCUUUCUUUGAUGAAGGGUACGGUCUGGGAAAUCACAUGUUCUCAAACUUCUAGCAACAAAAAACGGACUUCAAAGCCACAGGGGGUUAAUCAAAUAAAUUCCCCAUACCUGAAGCUAUUGCCCGUCGUCUUUGCAAUCAGUGCCCGUAGUCCUUGCAAUCAGUGUCCGUAGUCCUUGCAGUCAGUGCCCGUAGUCCUUGCAAUUAGUGCCCAUAGUCCUUGCAAUCAGUGUCCGUAGUCCUUGCAAUCAGUGCCCGUAUUCCUUGCAAUCAGUGCCCGCAUUCCUUGCAAUCAGUGCCCGUAUUCCUUGCAAUCAGUGCCCGUAGUCCUUGCAGUCAGUUACAGUAGUCCUUGCAUCAGUACCCGUAGUCCUUUCCAUGAGCUUUUGGUGUACUUUAAAGUUGUAGUGCACAGGUUUCAACAUUUUUGAGUUACGACCCCAUUGUAUAGAAGCAAAAUGACACAUGAUCCAAUACUUUACAUUUUCUUUCUUAUAUUUAUCGUUCAUUGAUGCCAAUCUCAUGUCAUCCUCAUGUCAUCCUCAUGUCAUCCUCAUGUCAUCCUCAUGUCAUCCUCAUGUCAUCCUCAUGUUAUCCUCAUGUAAUCCUCAUGUCAUCCUCAUGUCAUCCUCAUGUCAUUUCAACAUUAAAUUUGUCCCCAUACUUGUCAGAGAUGCCUAAAGGCAGAUGACAUGAUAUUAUUCAAACCUGUAAAAAUUAAUACUUACAUUUUAAAAGAGUUUAUUUUUCUUAAUUUGAGAACCCAUGAUGUAGUGUAUAUAGAUGGUAGAUAUUUAUAACUGUGACCUGUAGAUUUAAUCAUGACCUUGACCCCCAGCACAGAAGAGGUUGCUGAAGCUACCGUCCAGGCUCUCUAUAGAACAGUCCCAGCUGCUGUGGCCGGCAUAGUCUUCCUGUCUGGUGGCCAGGGGGAGGAAAGUGCUACAGUCAAUCUCAAUGCCAUCAAUCGGGUAAUUUAUAAGUGCUACAGUCGAUCUCAAUGCCAUCAAUCAGUAAUUUAUAAGUGCUACAGUCAAUCUCAAUGCCAUCAAUCGGGUAAUUUAUAAGUGCUACAGUCGAUCUCAAUGCCAUCAGUCGUGUAAUUUGUUAAUCUCAAUGCCAUCAAUCGGGUAAUUUAUUAGUGCUACAGACAAUCUCAAUGCCAUCAAUCAGGUAAUUUAUUAGUGCUACAUUCUCAAUGCCAUCAGUCAGGUAAUUUAUUAAUCUCAAUACAUCAAUCGGGUAAUUUAUUAGUGCUACAUUCUCAAUGAAAUCAAUCGGAUAAUUUAUUAGAGCUACAUUCUCAAUGUCAUCAAUCGGAUAAUUUAUUAGUGCUACAAUUUCCCCCGGGGCUCUAGUCGGCAUGUCCGCCCCAUAAAUGACAUGUCGAUAAAAAGGCGUUUGCGACAAACCCCCUGAAACGUUCCCCGGGGUACAGCGUCACCGUGAAGGGGACCCUUGAUCAAAUGCAAAGGUCACGCACGGAAACCCCGUUAGAAAGAGCGCGGCUGCAUGGUUUCCUACCAACUGUAGUUGAAAAUAACGCAGUAACAGGUCGAUACAUGAGUACAGUUGCCAGAUGGAUAUGAGGUGAGGGAACCUGGCGACCUUAGCCGAUAAUUCUAAAUAUGCAGUCUUUGAGGGUACUGCUCCUAGGCAACCUCUUUCUCUCCCAGCUGUGGUGUGAGUUAGUCACACUGGUCCUAGGCAACCUCUUUCUCUCCCAGCUGUGGUGUGAGUUAGUCACACUGCUCCUAGGCCGCCUCUUUCUCUCCCAGCUGUGGUGUGAGUUAGUCACACUGCUCCUAGGCAAACCUCUUUCUCUCCCAGCUGUGGUGUGAGUUAGUCACACCCCAGAGCACCACGGGAACCCUAUUAGAGGGUGUUUGUUAAACACCUACGCGUCCACCCGGGUGGGAAGGGGGGUGGGACAUAGGGACGUAAAACGUCUGCACCCCAGCCCCUAGAAAGUCCGGCACGGUUACCGUGUGAAAGCAGCACCCUGGCCGGCCAGGCGUUCCUUCUCUGGUGCCGCCUCACUCGUAUGGUCAAUCGAGUGGAAGGGUGGGUCUAGCGAGGGAUGCGUUGGGGCAAGACUUCAUGACCUUCGGCUCGAUAGUCUACUGUUUAUCUAAGGUAUAGUAUAUGAGAUUAGUGCUACAAUCACAACGUCAUCAGUUUGGGUAAUUUAUUUGGGUGUAAGUUAAUAAAGACGAGGCGAAGCGUAUAUCCCAUAUUCGAGGGUCACGGCCUUCUGAACAAAGAAGUGCUGGAAGUGUAGGGAAUGUUCAUGAAAUACUACUGGUACUUGGUUUGUGACAGUUGGAAACUGCUGCAUCAUCUCGUCCCGUCUAAGGUAGUGUGACAUCGUCCGUACCGAUGUCAAACUAUCCAUCAUACACAGCACAAGCUAACCGAAUGCCAGAUCUAAGCUAUGCGGAUACUGUCACAGACAUAGCAGUCAUCCUGUCCCCCCCCCCCAACUCCCAUCUGACUAACCACUCUCUAUAUCCAUACACUAGAUUGCCUACUACUGGCCUGCUGGGCCCUAAGUGACCAGAACACGCCGGUCAACCUAUGUCAGGGGUCCUUAAACUUUUUAACCGAAUGCCAGAUCUAAGCUAUGCGGAUACUGUCACAGACAUAGCAGUCAUCCUGUCCCCCCCCCCCCAACUCCCAUCUGACUAACCACUCUCUAUAUACAUACACUAGAUUGCCUACUACUGGCCUGCUGGGCUCUAAGUGACCAGAACACGGCGGUCAAGCUAUGUCAGGGGUUCUUAAACUUUUGCACCACUCCCAGAUGGAAUAAAGAAAAUUAAUCCCACAACCGCUACGAUUAAAUUUGCUAGCAGAAGUGAAAUGAAAUGAAUUUGAUGGUGUUUCCAGCACUUCUUGACACUGCCUCCCGCAACCCCAAAUGGAACCCCUGAUCUAUGGAAAAGGGCUAUUGACGAAUAACCUAUCUUAUGUUAAAUAUUCACUGUGUACUUUCUCCUGUGAUGAUGUGUACCGUGUGCUUAGUUCUAUAUUGAUCUAUUCUCUGUACAACUAUGCUGUGUUCUCUUUGCUGUGUACAGGUACCCCUAAGACGCCCAUGGCCACUGACCUUCUCCUAUGGGCGGGCGCUGCAGGCCAGCGUCCUGGCAGCCUGGGGUGGCAAGGAUGACAAGAUAAGGGCAGCACAGAACGAGCUGCUGAAGAGAGCCAAGGUGUGUACCACCUGAUAUGUGUGUACCACCUGAAAUGUGUGUACCACCUGAUAUGUGUGUACCACCUGAUAUGUGUGUACCACCUGAUAUGUGUGUACCACCUGAUAUGUGUGUACCAUCUGAUAUGUGUGUACCACCUGAUACGUGUGUACCACCUGAUAUGUGUGUACCACCUGAUAUGUGUGUACCACCUGAUAUGUGUGUACCACCUGAUAUGUGUGUACCACCUGAUAUGUGUGUACCACCUGAUACGUGUGUACCACCUGAUAUGUGUGUACCACCUGAUAUGUGUGUACCACCUGAUACGUGUGUACCACCUGAUACGUGUGUACCACCUGAUAUGUGUGUACCACCUGAUAUGUGUGUACCCAACACGUGUGUACUGUGUACUGUGUACUGUGUACUGUGUACUGUUUACCAUUCAUGAUCAAACCCAAAAAGAUCUCAAUGACCCGCGUUCAAGUAAAUGUCAAAUAUGAUUUGUGACGACUUGUCAUCUGGAGCACAGGGAUGUGUAUAAAUGUCAAAUAUGAUUUGUGACGACUUGUCAUCUGGAGCACAGGGAUGUGUAUAAAUGUCAAAUAUGAUUUGUGACGACUUGUCAUCUGGAGCACAGGGAUGUGUAUAAAUGUCAAAUAUGAUUUGUGACGACUUGUCAUCUGGAGCACAGGGAUGUGUAUAAAUGUCAAAUAUGAUUUGUGACGACUUGUCAUCUGGAGCACAGGGAUGUGUAUAAAUGUCAAAUAUGAUUUGUGACGACUUGUCAUCUGGAGCACAGGGAUGUGUAUAAAUGUCAAACAUGACAGUGAAAUGUGUAUAAAUGUCACGUCUGACAAUAAGAUGUGUAUACAUGUCACAUAUGACAGUAAGAUGUGUAUACAUGUCACAUAUGACAGUAAGAUGUGUAUAAAUGUCACAUGUGACAGAAAGAUCUGUAUCAAUGUCACAUGUGACAGAAAGAUCUGUAUCAAUGUCACAUAUUAAGAAAGAAAGAUCUGUAUAAAUGUCACAUAUGACAGAGGUUUAUACAUGUCAUUAACGACAAUGAGAUGUGUAUAAAUGUCACAUAUGACAGUGACAUGUGUAUUAAUGUCACAUACAUACAGGCACGCAUUGACUACAAGUUGUCUGUUCUCUGUCACAACUUUUUCUCGGAUUCCUGCCCUUCCUAUCUAAUCGAACUUCUUUCUGUCUAUUCACCCCUUCGACAGCUUCGCUCCUCCGCAGACACGCGUAUUCUGCCCAUUCCCAAGACACACACUAAAACAUAUGGUGAACGAUCUUUCUCUUUCUGCGCCCCCAAACAAUGCAAUUUUUUGCCACUCCACAUCCGCAAAAUAUCAACCACUCAGGCUUUCAAAACUGCACUCAAAACAUAUCUUUUUAAAUUAUACUACCCUGACUGAUUCCCCUCCUCUUACCGAUAAAUGAUCGUGCUGGCUGCCAUCCAUGGUUUGCCUUGUAAAAGUCCUGGGGCUCAUGCUGUUCUUUAUUUCAUAAUUGUAUUAUAUUUAUUGUCAUGAUUAUAUUCUCUUUUGAUAAUAUUUUUAUGUACAGCGCAGUGAGCCCAGCCCUAGGCUGUGGUAUCAAGCUAUAAAAGACCACUAAUUAUUAUUAUUAUUAUUAUAAAUGUCACAUAUGAUAGCGAGAUGUGUAUAAAUGUCACAUAUGACAGCGAGAUGUGUAUGAAUGUCACAUAUGACAGUGGGAUGCGUAUACUUGUCAUCUAGGUCAAUCAAUUAUUUAUUUAAAUUAUUAUUGUUAAAUGAUAGUCUGUCUAUACAUGCAUGCAUCAAAUAUCUAUUUAUUGAAUGCUUCCAUCUAUUCAAUAACAAAUCGACGCCCCCACCCAUCCACCCAUCCAUCCAUCCACUCAUCCACCCAUCCACUCAUCCACACAUCCAUCCAUCCACUCACUCACUCAUCGGCCCAUCCACCCAUCCACUCAUCCACACAUCCAUCCAUCCACUCACUCACUCAUCGGCCCAUCCACUCAUCCAUCCAUACACACAUCCACUCAUCCACCCAUCACUCACUCACCCAUCCACUCAUCUACACGCCCACCCAUCCACUCAUCCAUCCAUGCACUCAUCAACCCAUCCAUCCACCCACCCAUCCACUCAUCUAUCCACCCACUCAUCCCCCUAUCCACCCAUCCACUCAUCCACCCAUGCAACCAUCAACCCAUCCACCCACUCAACCACCCAUCCAUCCACCCAUCCAUCCAUCCACCCAUCCACUCACCCACCCAUCCAUUCAUUCACACAUUGACCUCUAAAAUCAUUGUACCUUCGGACACCACAUAACCACGCCCAAUUGGUGUCUCUCCCACAGGCCAAUGGGCUGGCCUCUAUUGGUGAAUACAAGGGAGGAAUGGAAGGCGUGGCUGGAGAGAAGUCUCUCUUUGUCAAAGACCACGCCUACUAACGGUCGCAGUCAAAUACCUUUUAAUCAAGUCAACUAAAGGUCGCAGUUAAAUACCUUUCAAUCAAGUCUAAUAAAUGUCAUGGUCAACACAUUUCAAAGUCACCCGUUAGCUUUAAAAAAAAAAAAAAAAAAAUAGCUUUGACAAGUAACUAACUAACUUGAACUUGAAGACUCUGUCAGACUAUUUAGUUAUGGUCGCAGUCAAAUACCUUUUAAUCAAGUCAACUAAAGGUCGCAGUUAAAUACCUUUAAAUCAAGUCUAAUAAAUGUCAAUGUCAACACAUUUCAAAGUCCCCCGUUAGCUUUAAAAAAAAAAAAAAAAAAAAAAUAGCUUUGACAAGUAACUAACUAACUUGAACUUGAAGACUCUGUCAGACUAUUUAGUGGCAACUUUGUACAUUGUUCACAAGUCAUCCCACAAUUAUGACGGCCUAUUACCAUUGCUUCUGUAGCCUUGCCCUUGCCUUGUCAGUGACAAGUUUGUCUAGCUAUUAACGUUAACAAAGAUGAUACAGUCAAACACAUUCUACCAAGUUUCACUUUUUAAGACUGUCUUUAAAUGAAAGACCCCCCCCCCCAACCACCACCACAGAACUCCGAGAAAACAGAUAAACUUUGUAGAUCAAAGAUAAGGACAUGUGACAAAGUUUACAUAACGAACGACGUCACGUUUGACCUUGACCUUAUUUAAACUUGAACUUAUUCUUUAUAAAAAGUAUAAUUGAAUAAUUAAGCCAAUCCAGCGUUUUUCUAAUACGAUCUUUUGAUCUUUUGUAAGCUUAUUUACUACGGUACUAUAUCCAUGUACUAUAUCCAUGUACUAAGGCCAUAUACUACAUCCAUGUACUACAUCCAUGUACCAUAUCCAUGGAUUUCAUCCAUGUGCUACAUCCAUAUGUUACAUCCAUGUACUAUAUCCAUGAACUAUAUCCAUGUACUAUAUCUAUGUACUACAUGCAUGUACUACAGCCCAUUACUACAGCCGCAUUCUACUGUCAUGUACUAUAUCCAUUUAUUACAUCCAUGUACGUAUCCAUGUAUUACUUCCAUGUACUAUAUCCAUGUAUUAUAUCCAUGUACUAUAUCCAUGUAUUGCAUCCAUUUACUAUACCCAUGUAAUACAUCCAAGUAAUACAACCAUGUAUUACAACCAAUUACUACAGCCAUGUGAAAAAGCCAUUUGCUACAACCAUGAAUAACAGCGAUAUACUUCAGCCAUGUACUGCUGCCAUUUGCAAUAGCCAUAUACUACAUCCAUAUACUACAGCUAUGUACCACGGCCAUGUACUACAGCCAUGAACUAAAGCCAUGAACUACAGCCAUGUACCACAUCCAUGUGGAAAAAUCUUGCACUACAGAGAUAUUACAUUCUAUAUAUAAUACAUAAAUCUAUUUAAGGAUAUUUCUAUGUAAAAUCAUCAUUGUUGCUACAAUCUAGAAC